UGCGCGGGGUUCCCCGGCGGCGGCAGUGGCGGCUGCGGAGGGGUUUGCGUGAUGGAGGGCACGGGGCCUGGCUCGGGCUUGGGAGCUGCGGGGCAGCUGCGGGGCCUAACGGAGGACGAGAUGGCCGAGGUGAAGAAGGAUGCAUUAGAAAGGAUGCGUCCUUACCUGUGUGAUAAAAUCAUAGCUGAGAGACACUUUGAUUACCUGCGCUCUAAGAAAAUUCUCACUAGAGAGGACACAGAAGAAAUCGCUUCCAGAUCUUCCAGUAGAAAAAAAACUGGAAAGUUAUUGGACUAUUUAGCAGAAAACCCAAAGGGACUAGAUGCUUUGGUUGAAUCUAUCAGAAGAGAAAGAACACAGAACUUUCUGUUACAAAAGAUAACGGACGUAGUGUUGAAAGUCAAAAAUGAAAAACUUGAAGCACUCAAAGGUCUAAGCUGCAGCACCUGUAUGACCUCACUGUAUGGAGGAACAAAUAAUCUUUCUCGAUCAUAUUCUGAUGAAUCAAAUUUUUUUGAUAAGAUAAAGGACAAAGAACCUACCCAGAUACAUCAUCCAGAAGAGGAUUAUAGCACCGCUGCGUUUGUGUCUGCUGUCUCUCUUCAUUCAAUGAAUUUUCCAGUUGCAGAGAUGGGAAAUGCAGAGAGCACUGGUUUCUCAGUCACCCUCCCAGGGCCUGGAGACCCUGGUGCACCCCCACUUCCCCCAGAGCUCCAGUCAGAUCAGGAAGAGCCGUGUACAACUGCAAAUGAUAACUGCUUUUUGCCUCUAAGAUCACGUUCUCUUCAACUGCAGUGAACAUUGUGAUUUCUAUCUGUUCAUCCUAAUGCUACUGAAACUUUGUGUGGUGGCUUGGAAAGGUGAAAAAUGUUUUCAACUGUUAACUGGCAAAAUCAGACAAAACUAUGCUAUUUACAGUUCUUUAAGGAGUGAUUUUCUUUGUGAUUGUGUGACCCUGGAGCUCCUGGAUUUUAUGUUGUUUAGGAAGUUUUUUUUCAAAAGACCAUGGUAUUACACCAGCAAAGGUUUGUUACAGUCAAUAUUUCACAAUUUGUUGCAGAUACUCAAGAUACCCAAAUUUUUUUUUCAUUCCUACAGAAAUUAACCAGGCUGGUUUUUUUCAAGUUCCUGUGAUGAGUGAAUUGGAAAGGAUGGUUAGGAAAAGUAUUAAACAAUUGAAGAACAAUUUUCUAAACUAAAAGGUUUAAGCUCUGCCCUCUCUAGAUGUGUGCAGGUCCAUUUGAAAAAAAAAA